ACCAUGUCCUAAGUUUCAGUAAUAGUAAAUACAUUUCCUUGUUAAUCUUGGGUGUGUUUCUGCAGCUGGUGGUCGCCUGUGUUGGAGGAAGACACGUCGCAGUGAAAGCGCCUGUCAACAACGACGUAUUGUGCAGAUCCUGUAACGACGCCUCUUCUCCCGAGUCCUGCACGACCUAUGAACUGUGUGGUCGGGACGAGAUCUGCUUCACCCGAGAGUAUAUAGAUGACAAAGGUCGCCACGCCUAUAGACUUGGAUGUGAAAGCAGGCAGAUCUGUGACAUGUACAAGACCCUACAGACGAUGGUAGGGCGCCGUGACACACUACCAAGGCUCUGCUUCCAGUGCUGUGACACGGUCCAGUGCAACAUCCGCCUCUGUGCAACAAGUUUCAACUUUACGCUACCAGCUACAAAAACCACAACCCGCCUUACAUCUACCGACACACCUACAACGGCCACGACUACAACUACUACGAGUACCACUACUACUACAACUACUCCAGGUCCGCCGUGCCUAGACAUGGGGCAGUAUUGUGACUCUUGGGCCAGGUUUGGAGAGUGUGCGAGGAACGCCGGCUACAUGCUGAUUUACUGUCGACGUAGUUGUAACCAGUGUUGACGAUGAGGCAUCCAGAUCAGCGCCAGCUAUUAAUUUCAAACUGAAAUGUCUUCAUGAAAGAUGUUUGCUUGAAUUAAACAUUUUUUUGACGAAUCGGGAAAAAGCAUGACAUGUUGCGGAACUUAUGUGUGGUUUUAAUCAUGUGUUGUGUAUUGUCAUUGAUAAUUGUAUAACUGAAGUUAAUUAUUAAUCAUGUGCUGUUUGUGUUAUUAAUGAUUGUAGAACUGACGUUUAUUUUGUCACAUGUUGCUAGCGAUUUUAAUAAUUGUAGAACUGAGGUUUAUAUUUAAUCACAUGUUGUUAGUAUUACCAGUAAUUGUAGGACUGAAGUGUACCUCUAAUAAUGUGUUGUUAGUGUUAUAUCAAGUAGAAGCGCAUUUUAUCUUUAAUCGUGUGAUGUUAGUGCUAUGAACACUUGUAGAACCUGAGUUGUACCUUUAAACACGUCUUGUUAGCGUUAUGUCAAGUAGAAGAGCGUUUUAACUUUAAUCGUGUGAUGUUAGUGCUCUGAACACUUGUAGAACCUGAGUUGUACCUUUAAACACGUCUUGUUAGCGUUAUGUCAAGUAGAAGAGCGUUUUAACUUGAAUCGUGUGAUGUUAGUGCUCUGAACACUUGUAGAACCUGAGUUGUAUCUUUAAACACGUCUUGUUAGUGUUAUGUCAAGUAGAAGAGCGUUUUAACUUUAAUCGUGUGAUGUUAGUGCUCUGAACACUUGUAGAACCUGAGUUGUAUCUUUAAACACGUCUUGUUAGCGUUAUGUCAAGUAGAAGAGCGUUUUAACUUUAAUCGUGUGAUGUUAGUGUUCUGAACACUUGUAGAACCUGAGUUGUACCUUUAAACACGUCUUGUUAGCGUUAUGUCAAGUAGAAGAGCGUUUUAACUUUAAUCGUGUGAUGAUAGUGCUCCGAACACUUGUAGAACCUGAGUUGUAUCUUUAAACACGUCUUGUUAGCGUUAUGUCAAGUAGAAGAGCGAUUUAACUUUAAUCGUGUGAUGUUAGUGCUCCGAACACUUGUAGAACCUGAGUUGUAUCUUUAAACACGUCUUGUUAGUGUUAUGUCAAGUAGAAGAGCGUUUUAACUUUAAUCGUGUGAUGUUAGUGCUCUGAACACUUGUAGAACCUGAGUUGUACCUUUAAACACGUGUUGUUAGUGUUAUGACAAGUAGAAGAGCGUUUUUACUUUAAUCGUGUGAUGUUCAUGCUAUGAACACUUGUAGAACCUGAGUUGUACCUUUAAACACGCCUUGUUUGCGUUAAUAAUAAAUGUAGAAUCAAGACCUUCA